CAACUAGGCACUUUCCCUCUCUCCCUUCACUCACUCUCUCUCUCUCUCUCUCUCGCUCUCAGUAUCUGUAUCACCAUAGUCGGCCCUCGUUGCCAAGCUGAAGGCCAUGGCUUCCGAUUCUUCUCCUGUCAACACGCGCGACGGUCAGUCGUCUCCGGAUGGUUGGCCGACGAGCCCAGUCAGCAACACAGCGUCGUCUCCCGGAGACCGCCCGCGCCGGAAACGCGGCCGUCAGUCCAGCUACGCCACGCCGUCGCCGAUGCCGACAGAUUCACGCGCCAGAACACCCCAGGCAACUCCAACGCCCUCUAGCAACGCUAGACGCCGUGCCCGAGCUAGGAGGUCCUCGGCCACCCCGACCUCGACGGAUGACGUGCCGCCUUCUUCCGAUGUUGGCGAAGGGAAUGAGGAUGAUGCUCCGGCAGUGUACGUUUGGGGUACGAAUAUCAGUGUGCAAGAUGUUAAUGCGGCGAUUUUGAGGUUCUUGAGGCAUUUCAGGGAAGAUCCUCAGCAAAUUGAGGGGAAAUACAUGAGAAUGAUUAAUCAUGUAAUUGAAAUGGAAGGUGAUUCGAUCGAUGUUGAUGCACACGAUGUGUAUGAUUACGAUAGCGACCUGUAUACUAAAAUGGUUAGGUAUCCUCUUGAGGUGUUGGCUAUAUUUGAUAUGGUGUUGAUGGAUAUGGUCGGGAGAAUCAAUCCUUUAUUUGAGAAGCACAUACAAGCCAGGAUAUUUAAUCUUAAGAGUUCAAUUUCAAUGAGAAAUCUUAACCCCUCUGAUGUUGAAAAGAUGAUUUCCUUGAAAGGGAUGAUUAUUCGUUGUAGCUCCGUUAUACCGGAAAUCAGAGAAGCCGUUUUUAGAUGCUUGGUCUGUGGGUAUUACUCUGACCCAGUUGUUGUUGAAAGAGGAAGAAUCAAUGAGCCAACAGUUUGUGCGAAGCAAGAAUGUCUCUCUAGGAACUCCAUGACACUUGUUCACAAUAGGUGCAGAUUUGCUGAUAAGCAAGUAGUGAGAGUCCAAGAGACGCCAGAUGACAUCCCGGAUGGAGGAACGCCACACACUGUGACAUUGUUAAUGCAUGACAAGUUGGUUGAUGCUGGCAAGCCCGGCGACAGAGUAGAGGUUACGGGAAUAUAUAGGGCUAUGAGUGUCAGAGUUGGUCAGGCACAGAGGACUGUGAAGUCAAUCUUCAAGACUUACAUUGAUUGUCUUCAUCUAAAGACGACGGAUAAGUCAAGAAUGGAUGUACAAGAUCCAAUGGAAACUGAAAACGAAGCAAGCACAGGGGACGAUGAUUCAACUCAGAAAGCUGAAAUUAGUUAUAUGGCUUGCGCCAACCCAAUUGGUUCGCGGUAUAACCCUCGCUUGUCAGUGAUUGAAAAUAUUCACCUCCCUCCAACUUUAAUGUCCAGGUUUGAUUUGAUCUAUUUAAUUCUUGACAAAGCUGAUGAGGAGACAGAUAGACGCCUGGCGAAGCACAUUGUGGCAUUACACUUUGAAAAUCCUAAUAGCUCUCAGCUUGAUGUCAUUGACUUGCCAACUUUGACUGCUUACAUAAACUAUGCACGAAAACAUAUACACCCACAAUUAUCAGAUGAAGCUACAGAGGAGUUGACAAGGGGGUAUGUGGAGAUGAGAAAACGAGGAAAUUUCCCAGGAAGCAGCAAAAAGGUCAUAACUGCAACUCCAAGGCAAAUUGAAAGUUUGAUACGCCUUAGUGAGGGCUUGGCCCGGAUUCGUUUCUCAGAAGUGGUCAAUAAGUCAGAUGUAAUCGAGGCGUUUAGGCUUCUCGAGGUGGCAAUGCAGCAAUCUGCAACAGACCAUUCAACAGGAACCAUCGAUAUGGACCUGAUCACGACGGGGGUAUCCGCAAGUGAAAGAAUGAGGCGGGAGAAUCUGGUUUCGGCCACUCGCAGCCUCAUCAUGGACAAGUUGACAAUCGGAGGGUCAUCAGCUCGCAUGAUGGAGUUACUUGAAGAGUUGAAGAAGCAGAAUCUUGGUGGUGGUGCUGAGGUGCAUCUUAGUGAUCUUCGAACUGCUUUGUCGACUCUUUCAGCUGAAGGCUUCCUUGCUGUUCACGGUGAUUCUGUUAAGAGAAUUUAGAAAGUCAGUUCACUGCUCUUAUUCUUAUGUAAAUUCUACUCCUAUUUAAGUUUUUUGCAGAUUGUUAGCUUUCUUUUUAAAAAUGAGUUCCUAACUGAGAGACAAUGUGGUCAGUUAUCACUAUUCAGUGAUGUUUUAGUUACAAAAAAACCCCAAGGAAGAGACCACCAAAAUUAAUCUCUUUAUAUUUGAUGAGUGAAUAUUUUCGGUUCGACAUGAAUUUUAAUGAAUAUUUGGAAAAUAUUGUUUGGAA